AUGGAGUACUGGAAACAAUGCACCUUGUGGCUGAUAAACUGUAGGGUAUUGCCUCCGAAUCACCGGGUGACAGCGGAAUCAGCACAGGUUUUUGACCUAGCCCAGACGCUUCGGGAUGGAGUACUUCUUUGCCAAUUGCUCAAUAACUUAAGACCUUCGACCAUUAACUUGACAGAGAUCAACCUGAGGCCACAGAUGUCACAGUUCUUAUGUCUGAAGAACAUUCGGACCUUCCUGUCAGCCUGCUGUGAUGUGUUUGGGAUGAGGAAGAACGAAUUAUUUGAAGCCUUUGACCUCUUUGAUGUCCGGGACUUUGGAAAGGUUAUUGAUGCACUGUCCAAGCUCUCACACACGACCAUUGCACAACAAGCAGGGAUAAGGCCAUUUCCUACGGAGGAGAGCACAGAGAAUGAAGACAUAUACAUCCAUUUGGAAGAUUUGAUUGAUGAGGAGCAGGAUCUGGAAGAUGUAUAUGAUCUCAUUUACGGUGAUGUUGAAGUGGGAGAUAAGGUGUAUGAAGACCUGAUGAGAACAGAUGCAGCAACCUUGCCGAAACAGGCUGAGGUUGAUGUCCGAAACUGCUGCCUUUCUGAAAUCAAACAGACCGAAGACAGAUACACCGAGACUCUGGAGUCCAUAGAGAAAUACUUUUUGAUUCCACUUAAGAAGUUUGUCUCGGUUGCUGAGAGCGAGAGAGUGUUUCUCAACAUCCCAGAUCUGGUUAAAGUACACAAAAGCCUAAUGGCUGAUAUUCAAGACUCAGUCCAAAAUAAAAAUGGCUCGAAUCUCUACCAGGUCUUCAUUGCUUACAAAGACAGGCUUCUUAUGUAUGGAACAUACUGCAGUCAGGUAGAAAUUGGCAUUGCUGUGCUGGACCACAUCUGUAAAGAGAGAGAAGAUGUACGACUCAAACUGGAGGAGUGUUCAAAGCGUGCAAACAAUGGGAAGUUCACUCUCAGAGACCUCCUUGUCGUCCCAAUGCAAAGAGUACUGAAAUAUCCUCUACUGCUGCAGGAGUUGGUCAAACACACUCACGAUGUUACAGAAAAGAGCAACUUACGAAUGGCGCUUGACGCUAUGAGAGACUUGGCCCAGUAUGUGAAUGAGGUGAAACGAGACAGCGAGACUCUGAGAGAGAUUGACCAGUAUCAAAGGUCAAUCGAGAAUCUGAAUCAGUCUUUGCUGGGCUACGGUAGGCCGAAGGGUGAUGGUGAAACUCGGCUGGUGUCAAACUUCGACAAACGGAGACAAGACAGACAUAUCUUCCUGUUUGACUUGGCUGUGAUUGUGUGCAAGCGACGUGGAGACAAUUACGAGAUGAAGGAAGUGAUUGACCUUCAACACUUCAAGGUCACCAACAACCCCAUAUCAGAUAAGGACUGCAGAAAGUGGUGCUAUGGGUUUUACCUGACCCACCAGCAGGGGAAGAGUGGCUUUGAGCUCUUUUUCAAGACCAGAGAAUUGAAGAAGAAGUGGCUGGAUCAGUUUGAGAUGGCUAUAUCUAACAUCAGACCUGAGAAUGCCACCAGUAACUCUCACCAGUUUCUGAUGCACACGUUUGAGAGGAUCACCACGUGCUGUUCCUGCAACAUGCUUCUCAGGGGAAUCUUUAACCAGGGUUACUAUUGCCCCAAGUGUGGGGCAGGAGCACAUAAGGAGUGUCUGGGGAGAAUAGGCGUCUGUGGGAAAACAGACGCCGCUGCACCGAAGGCUCAGAAACCAGUAACUUCUAGAGGACAGUCAGACCCAGGUUUGCCAAAAAUGUUGGUUAUCAGAGCCUACAUAGGUGUUCCUAGUCCACAAGGGGGUCCGCCAUUACACAUUCAAGUCGGGGAUGUCAUAGAAGUCCUUUGUGCUGAUGUGAACAGCACCUGGUGGCAGGGCAAAAUUCUAACAACGCAAGAGGUUGGAUUUUUUCCAAGGGAUGCCGUGAAGCCUUGCCCGUGUGUCCCCAGGCCAGUAGACUACUCUGCCCAGCCCUGGUUUGCAGGGCCUAUGGAGAGACACCAAGCGGAGGCAGAGCUGACUGAUCGGGAAAACGGCACCUUCCUGGUGAGGCACAGGACUCGAGAAUGUGGCGAGUACGCCAUCAGCAUCAAGUUCAACGAUGAGGUGAAGCACAUUAAGAUCCUGACCAAGGACGGAUGCUUCUACAUCGCUGAGAGCAGGACAUUCAAGACUGUAUUAGGUCUGGUGGAGUACUACAAGAAGAAUUCACUUAGGGAGGGCUUCCGCAGUCUAGACACUACCCUACAGGUGCCCUAUAAACAGGUGGACAAUGGGAUAUUGUACAGAGGGAACUCGUCUUGUCACUCAGUCUUCUCACCGAGGGUGGUGGGUGUCGCCAUAGCGCGGUAUGACUUCAGCCCCAGGGACACGCGAGAGCUGACUCUGCAAGUGGAUGAUGUGGUGAAGAUCUAUACAAAGAGUGCCAACGGCUGGUGGAGAGGCGAGGUGAAUGGCAGGGUGGGCUGGUUCCCCUCUACCUAUGUGGAGGAGGAGGAAUGA